AUGACCUUGUCAAGAUUUUCGAUGGAGAGGGACGUCAACUGGCUGAAUUCGCCGCGUGUGCUGGAAUCGAGCAUCGAGCGUCUCAAGACCAUCAAAGCGCUAGAUCUAGAUACCGCCCUGGAUUUCCACGACUGUCUGCACAAGUGCAUGGCGAAAUCACUGGGUGAGCUGGCCAAGGCGUUGGAACCCCAUCGUCCGCUCUUCCUGGAGGAACCGCUCUUUUCAGAACACCCGGAUAACAUCAAGUCGCUGUCGGGUCUUGUAUCGUGCCCGAUCGCCCUGAGCGUUCGAACGGCUCGUCAGCCUCUGAGGCGUGAAACGCGGCGAAUGUCCGAAUUGCGCCGCAUUGUCGUCAUGGUAAACACCUACGACGUUGCUCUUGCACCACGUUUUUUCCUGGGAAUGAAUCUGGGGAUCCAGUACAACCAGGAAGCGGGCGAGUAUGAUAUCACAAGCUAA